AUGCCGGCCAACCAUCGCCAACCGGCAGCUCAGACGCCAGCGUCGCCCAAUCUAAAGUCCACCGCGAGAUACACAAACAAGGAUGGCUCCAAGAUCAUCACUGUCCCGAAAGGCCCCUCCUCCGCCGAACCCUCGCUGCCCUCCACUCCAACCUCGUCGGCAAAGGCCCCCAGCGUCCAGACCACCGAUAACAACGGUGCUGACCCGUCCGCGCCCACGGUGAAUCGCAAGAAGCAGAAGCGCCGGGCAAAAGCUGCCGCCAAAGCUGCCGCCGAGCAAGCCGCCGUCCAACCACCGAAUGGACGCCCGAGUCCCGCUCCUGGCGCAUCCGCGUCCAAACCUCAAACUGCCCAAGAUGACGAGGAUCAGGACUCCAGCGACGACGAGCCCGAAGACCAUCACUCCGCCGACGACCAACCUCAUGCCAACGGCUUCUCCGCGACUAAAUCUAAAAAAUCCAAGAAAAAGAAGAAGAAGAACGCAAAGAACGCGCAGCUGGUCAACAAUCAGUUCGACAACGUCCCGCACUCCCACUUGCCAUUGACGCCCCGUGGACCUGGUAUUUCCAAGGAUAAGAUCUGGAACACCAGCUCGCAGGAGGAACGGGAACGCAUCAAGGAGUUUUGGCUGGGUCUCGGCGAGGAUGAGCGCAAGUCGCUGGUCAAGGUCGAGAAAGAUGCCGUCCUCAAAAAGAUGAAGGAGCAGCAAAAGCAUACAUGCAGCUGUACCGUGUGUGGUCGGAAGCGCACCGCUAUCGAGGAAGAGCUGGAGGGCCUGUACGACGCUUACUACGAGGAGCUCGAGACCUUUGCGAACAACGGAGAAGGACCGCAUAUUCUGCCUCCUCACCGCGAAUUUCCCCUGCGACCUUCACGAAUUCCGUCAUCCUACACCGGCCAACCACCGUCACGCGGCCGCAUAGUGGAACACGUCGGCGACGAUGACGACGAGGAGGAGCCGGAGGAGGAGUACAGCGACGAGGACGAAGACCUUGAGGAGGAGGAGGAGGAAGACGAGGAAGACGACGAGUACAGCGACGAAGACGAACCCCCCGAAGAUACUCACCCUCACGAUCGAGACGUUGCCGACUUCUUGACGUUUGGGAACAGCCUGCAAGUCAAGGGUAUGCAGCUUCUGGACUCCCUACUCUGCAGAUAUGGUAACAUGGACUUAGGCGGCAUACUCACCGUUGCGGAUGACCUCCUCAAAAACGACGGCAAGCGUUUCAUCGAAAUGAUGGAGCAGCUCGCUGAGCGCCGCAUGGCCCGAGAAGAGGACGCCAAGGAGCACUUUUCUCGCGGCUACGCUCAUCCCGCCAACGGCUCUUACUCGAAUCAUAACCAUCCUCCUCCCGAAGACGACUAUGACGACGAAGACGAGGAGGAGGAUGAGGACUAUGAUGACAGUCAAGAAGAGGAAUACGAGGAUGAAGAAGUGAGCUCCUCUCAAUACACACAUGACCAUAAACACUCGAGUACUGAGCAUUACUGUUGCCAUCAUCAGGACACGAUGACCGAGGAGCAGCGCAUGGAAGAGGGUCGUCGCAUGUUCCAGAUAUUCGCCGCUCGAAUGUUUGAGCAACGGGUCCUGACAGCCUAUCGAGAUAUGGUCGCCAAGCAACGCCAGCAACAGCUCAUCGAGGAACUCGAGGAGGAAAACCGGCAGGAUGCUCAGCGAAAAGCCAAGAAGGCCAAGGAGAACCAGAAGCGCAAGGACAAGGCCGCGCUCAAGAAGCAGCAACAGGCCGAGGAGAAGGCGCGAAAGGAAGCAGAAAAGGCCGCAGAGGAGGCUGCUCGACUCGAGGAGCAGCGGCAGAAGUUGGAAGAGCAAAGAUCAAGAGCAGAGGAGAAACGUCGAAAGAAGGAAGAGCAGAAGCGACUCGAGGACGAAGACCGCCUUCGCAAAGAGACCGAACGGCAACGGCGACUCCAGGAGCAGCAGGAAAAGCGUGCAGAGCAAGAACGCAAAGCUCGGGAAAGCCGCGAGAAGACACAAAGGCUCAAGGAGGAGGCGCGACUACGCGAGAAGGAAACUCGAGAGCAGAAGGAUAAGGAGCUGCGGGAGCGCAAAGAGAAGCAAGAACAGGCCAAGCGCGACAAGGAGAGCAAGGCCAAAGCUGACAAGGAGAGCAAGGAUCGCCUCAAGCAGGAGGAAAAGGCAGCCCAAAAAGCCGCCACGGUCGCCGCUGUCCCUAUUCCCAUCCCCAACUCAGGCCGGCGACCAUCGCAACACCCAGUACCGAUUCCGACGCACCCGUCCAACCCAGCAUCCUAUGCAUCCCCCAAGAUACCCGUUGCGACGCCGGCUCUUCCCAAGGCCCCGACACCGAUCCGCCCGAAGCAUGCCUCACAGCCUCUGGAAACCAGCUUGCCUGGAUCCCAAGCUUCGCAGUCAGGCUCUACCGCCAGCCAAAACCCAUCGCCACACCCUGCGACGCCCGGCCACACCAGUCCAGGGCUGAUCGGCUCGAGGAAGGCCAGCGUAGCAACCGCAAGUUCGCUUCCGCAUCCAAACUCCGUAUCACCGUCGAAUAUCAAAGGUCCGAUACAGCAGGGACCCUUUGGUAUGCCCAUGGGUAUGCCUCCACCCGGCUUCAACCCGCCGCCCGGCCUAGGAAAUCGCAUGCCCGACCCAGGUGUCUUUGGUCCCCCCGGUAUUGCUGGGUUCGGCAGACCCCUCCCCCCAGGUAUGAUGCCCGGCCCGCCAGGUCUUAAUGGGCCAGCUGGGCGCGGCUUCAUGCAUGGCCCACCUCCUGGCUUCCCACAGCCCAUGGGCGAUCAUAUGCAGAAUAUGGCACCGGGGCCGGGAUCUCAUUCAAGGCAACCUUCUGGCAGUUUCGACUCCGCUUCGUCGCCGGUUCCAACCCAGCCCAUCGGCAGGCCAGCACCCAUCGGACGACCAGGGAGCGUGGUACAGGGACACCGAAAUGAUCUGUCAGACGACUUCACCAACCAGCAGCACCUUGGUAGCAGCGUGCUAUUGGACGAUGCGGUAGAUCCGAUGAGCGCGGCGAUUAACGCGGCUAGGCACCGUAACCAGGUGCCUCGACCAGCGUUCCCAACUCUCCCAUUCGACGGUGGAUUCCCCAGCAUCAAUAACAGUUUGUGGGGACCUUCACCGAUGUCAUAUAGUGUGGCCCCUGGCGUGGGAAACUCGACCUGGGGAAGUCCUAUCAUGAUGCCGCCUAUGCCAUCUCUUGGCCAGAUCCGCACGGCUGGAAAUCCUCGCUCGGUGACCAUCCGUCUAAUGCUGUGUCGUGCCUGCAAGGAACUGCAAGCCCGCAACCCCGAGAGCUCAGAGUCAUUUGUUGAUCUAGCAGCGGUCAAGGCAGAGGUGGACCAGCUCAAUAGGACGGAGCCCAUCCCAGAAGAAGACCUGUUGGCUCUCGCCGAAACAGAGGGCAAUCUGCAAAACGGCGGCGGCACCUUUGAGAUCCAACGGGACGCAAACGGCCCGGGGCAGCACUCAGUCCGAUGGGUGCCUGAGUUCAACGACAUGGCGUAUCCUCCCCACAGGCCUGUAGGUGCACCGGGAGAGAUCGGAAGCCCCAUCAUCGGCAGCGGUGCACCGGCAUUCCUGGCUAGAGGGCACUAG